GUCUCAAAAAAAAAAAAAGAAAUUAAAAAAUAGUAAAUAAUUUGAUAGUCAACAAGUAAUCUGCCACAUGCAAAGUAUUGCAAGGGACCAAAAAAUAUAAGCUAUGUGUCCCAUCUCAUUUACUCUUCAUAACCAUCCCAUUUUAUAGUCAGGGAAACUGUCUGGAUUUGAACUCAGAAGACCAUAAUAAAGGCAAAAUCGAAAGCCACUUUUAGUCCUGAGUUUCUGGGGUCUGAGAUUCCUCCUCAUCUUGGUCAGCGAUAUAACUAGGUUCGGAUAGUUUCAAGACUACCUUUUAUUUUCUUUCCCAACCUGUGAACCAAAAGGGUAGUGAGGAUGAAUCUCUAGUAUGCACAGAUGUGCAAAACAUACUACCUCUCCUCUAUUUUCUAGAUAUUAAUAUUGGUUUAGAGCCUUCAUCUCAUCUGGCUGGCAACCAUAGAAACCACCCCAGGUUGUGUCACUGUGUCACAAUUUCAGAUCUUUUAUGCAUUGCCAAGAUCCCAGGGGCACGGGUGCAGGUGUCUCCUGCUCCCCCAUCUGGUCCACUCGGGUUACCACUGAAUGCACUCUUGUGCCUGUCUUGCCUAGCAAGUCCCCACUGCUUCCAGACCACAUAGCUAACACUGGGGUCCUGCCAGAGUCCUGUCUUCCUGGGACCCACAGGCCUCUUUUCCCUUCCUGUCUUCCUGUUUCUAGAAGCAUGCCUCUCUGCUUCUACCCAUCAGCACCCCCCACCCCUCUUCCCCCAACUUGGCAAAGCCUUGUGUCCCAACCUAAGGCCCUGUUUGGGAAAUCGAAGCCAGAAGAACCUGCAAGCUAUUCCUGGAAGGGUUCUGACAUGUACCUGCCCUGGGCCAAUGACUAGGGAGCUGGCUACAGAGGUGGAGGUGAGCCUAGGAAAGUAGAAAUACAAGGAGAGGGGAAAAAAAAGUUGUCUAAUCUCAAAAUAUCUAGCCACAGACACAAGAUCCUCUGAGGGUAAUUUCUUGAGGGGGGAAAAAGUUGCUAUUUAAAGCUAGGAUAUAUGUGGAUGCAUUUUUUUCAUUGGUACAUUAAUAACAUCAUUUUCCACUAUGUGUCUUCAAGAUCUGGUGUAACAGGCUUGUAAAUUUGCCAGAAUGAAGAAGGAAUGUUCUGCUCCAGGGAGGAUUGGCUCUGGUCUGUGAUUGCUGUCAUGAUGAUACUGAGCAAGUUUCCUUAGAUAACUUUAGAGUUAACAAGGAUGUAAAAAUGCUUCCAUUUCAGACUCACCGUUAUACAUACGCAGAAACUGAGGACAAUGAAAGUUAGACUUGUCUAGGAUACCCAGAUACCCAGACUGUAGCUGAAGGAGGAUUAGAACUGAGAUUUACCCUCUCCCAGCCCGGCACUUUUGCCAUGGUCUCAUUUAUCUUGAAAGUAACCACCACUAGCAAGUUGGAGCCAAAUCAACUAGCUGACUCCCUGCCCUGACUCAGAAUGGAGCACAGCCACCCUGGGCAGCCUGCCCAGACAGAUUCCACAUGCAAUAAACCUCCUUUGGGUCCCAGGACACUGGGCACAGGGUGGGGACCUGUGCUUCCAGCGCGGGUACGCUCCCCAGCCUCACCUGUCCCUGCUUACAGUCCCUCAGGCAACACCAGUGAAAUCGCUUCCUCUCAGGGCGUCUUCAUCCUGGCCUGAGUGCCCCCCACCUUUCCCUCUCAGCCUCUUAAGGGUUCACCUUGCAUCAGGGGGUGUCUCCAGCAGCUGCAUGGUGCAUUGGAUUUUAUCUGCCUGGGAAACUUUCUCUUGAUGCCUUUGCUAGCCCAGCACAGACUACACAUUCCUCUCAGAACAGUUCUCAAGUGUUUGAUACUCUCUCUUCAUAUUCCUAUUCCGUGUCUAACCAAUCAGUUUAAUAGGGUUCCUAGUCCCCGGGCACCAUCCCCACCACAACUGUUUCCAAUUUACAUCACAAUCCAAAUGAUUUUUGCAGCGCUUAGCAGAUUGUCUGUGUCAUUACUUUCAGGGAUGCUAUAUUGGACUUCCCUACUCUCAUCUGCUCCAGCUCCCUGACCUUACAGUUGCCCAGCUUUCCUGGCAAUUGACUUUGCUCAUCAAUACACAGGAUUUAGCUGAGUAGCAUCCAGGGAGGAUGUCGGAGCCUCAGAUGUUAAUUUUCUAAUUGAGAAUAUUGGCGCUGUCUGAACCUGGAGACAGGUAGACAGGAAAACAAAAAGCCCUUUCUCCUGAUUCACCAAAAAAUAAAAUACUGACUGCCAUCACUGUGAUGAGAUUCCUAUAGUCUCAAGAACUGAAGUCUUUAAACAACCAGGGGACCCUCUGCCCCUAGAAUAAGAACACAUUAGAAGUCCCUUCUGCUAGGACAAGGAGGAUCAUGGGAGACCACCUGGACCUUCUCCUAGGAGUGGUGCUUGUGGCCAGUCCUGUGUUUGGAUUUCCUUCCUGCUCCUUUGAUGGCCGAAUAGCCUUUUAUCGUUUCUGCAACCUCACCCAGGUCCCCCAGGUCCUCAACACCACUGAGAGGCUCCUGCUGAGCUUCAACUAUAUCCGGACAGUCACUGUUUCAUCCUUCCCCUUUCUGGAACAGCUGCAGCUGCUGGAGCUCGGGAACCAGUAUACCCCCUUGACUAUUGACAAGGAGGCCUUCAGAAACCUGCCCAACCUUAGAAUCUUGGACCUGGGAAGUAGUCAGAUAUACUUCUUGCAUCCAGAUGCUUUUCAGGGACUGUUCCAUCUGUUUGAACUUAGACUGUAUUUCUGUGGUCUCUCCGAUGCUGUAUUGAAAGAUGGUUAUUUCAGAAAUUUAAAGUCUUUAACUCGCUUGGAUCUAUCCAAAAAUCAGAUUCGUAGCCUUUACCUUCAUCCUUCAUUUGGGAAGCUGAAUUCCUUGAAGUCCAUAGAUUUUUCCUCCAACCAAAUAUUUCUUGUAUGUGAACAUGAGCUCGAGCCCCUCCAAGGGAAAAUGCUCUCCUUUUUCAGCCUCGCAGCUAAUAACUUGUAUAGCAGAGUCUCAGUGGACUGGGGAAAAUGUAUGAACCCGUUCAGAAACAUGGUGCUGGAGACACUAGAUGUUUCUGGAAAUGGCUGGACAGUGGAUAUCACAGGAAACUUUAGCAAUGCCAUCAGCAAAAGCCAGGCCUUCUCUUUGAUUCUUGCCCACCACAUCAUGGGUGCCGGGUUUGGCUUCCAUAACAUCAAAGAUCCUGACCAGAACACAUUUGCUGGCCUGGCCAGAAGUUCAGUGAGACACCUGGACCUUUCACAUGGGUUUAUCUUCUCCCUGAACUCCCGAGUCUUUGAGACACUCCAGGAUUUGCAGGUUCUGAACCUUGCCUACAACAAGAUAAAUAAGAUUGCGGUUGAAGCAUUUUACGGACUUGACAACCUCCAAGUUCUCAAUUUGUCGUAUAACCUUCUGGGGGAACUUUACAGUUCGAAUUUCUAUGGACUACCUAAGGUAGCCUACAUUGAUUUGCAAAAGAAUCACAUUGGAAUAAUUCAAGACCAAACAUUCAAAUUCCUGGAAAACUUACAGACCUUGGAUCUCCGAGACAAUGCUCUUACAACCAUUCAUUUUAUUCCAAGCAUACCUGCUAUCUUCUUAAGUGGCAAUAAACUAGUGACUUUGUCAGAGAUCAACCUUACAGCCAACUUCAUCCACUUAUCAGAAAACAGGCUAGAAAAUCUAGAUAUUCUCUACUUUCUCCUACGGGUACCUCAUCUCCAGAUUCUCAUUUUAAAUCGAAAUCGCUUAUCCUCUUGUAGUGGAGAUCAAACACCUUCAGAGAAUCCCAGCUUAGAACAGCUUUUCCUUGGAGAAAAUAUGUUGCAACUUGCCUGGGAAACUCAGCUCUGUUGGGAUGUUUUUGAGGGACUUUCUAAUCUUCAAGUUCUGUAUUUGAAUAAUAACUAUCUUAAUUCCCUUCCACCAGGAGUAUUUAAACAUCUGACUGCAUUAAAGGGACUAAGCCUCAACUCCAACAGGCUGACAGUUCUUUCUCACAAUGAUUUACCUGCUAAUUUAGAGAUCCUUGACAUAUCUGGGAAUCAGCUCCUAGCUCCCGAUCCUGAUUUAUUUGUAUCACUUAGUGUCUUGGAUAUAACUCAUAACAAGUUCAUUUGUGAAUGUGCACUUAGCACUUUUAUCCAUUGGCUUAAUCACACCAAUGUCACUAUAGCUGGGCCUCCUGCAGACAUACAUUGUGUGUACCCUGACUCGCUCUCUGGGGUUUCCCUCUUCUCUCUUUCCACGGAAGCUUGUGAUGAAGAGGAAGUCUUAAAGUCCCUAAAGUUCUCCCUUUUCGUUGUAUGCACUGUCACUCUGACUCUGUUCCUCAUGACCAUCCUCAUAGUCACGAAGUUCCGGGGCUUCUGUUUUAUCUGUUAUAAGACAGCCCAGAGACUGGUGUUCAAGUACCAUCCCCAGGGCACAGAACCUGAUACGUACAAAUAUGAUGCCUAUUUGUGCUUCAGCAGCAAAGACUUCGCAUGGGUGCAGAAUGCUUUGCUCAAACACCUGGACACCCAAUACAGUGACCAAAACAGAUUUAACCUGUGCUUUGAAGAAAGAGACUUUGUCCCGGGAGAAAACCACAUUGCCAAUAUCCAGGACGCCAUCUGGAACAGUAGAAAGAUUGUUUGUCUUGUGAGCAGACACUUCCUUAGAGAUGGUUGGUGCCUUGAAGCCUUCAGUUAUGCCCAGGGCAGGUGCUUAUCUGACCUUAACAGUGCUCUCAUCAUGGUGGUGGUUGGGUCCUUGUCCCAGUACCAGUUGAUGAAACAUCAAUCCAUUAGAGGCUUUGUACAGAAACAGCAGUACUUGAGGUGGCCUGAGGAUCUCCAGGAUGUUGGCUGGUUUCUUCAUAAACUCUCUCAACAGAUACUAAAGAAAGAAAAAGAAAAGAAGAAAGACAGUAACAUUCCGUUGCGAACUGUAGCAACCAUCUCCUAAUCAAAGGAGCAAUUUCCAACCUAUCUCAAGCCACAAAUAACUCUUCACUUUGUAUUUGCACCAAGUUACCAUUUUGGGGUCCUCUCCGGAGAUUUUUUUUCUUUUAGCUACUAUGAAAACAAUAUAAAUCUCUCGAUUUUCAUAUCAACACCAUGUUCUGUCUCACUAACCUCCAAAUAGAAAAUAAUAGAUCUAGAAAAUGGCAGCUGCCCUUAGAGAUUCCCAGUCUCCGUUGGUUUUCUUUCAGAUCCAAUAAUACUGUUCUGUCCUGCUGUGUUGAUUAUGGAAUGUAUCCCUAAUCAUGGGAAGGACACCUUGGGAGAAGCUGCAGAUGGCUGAUGUGCUUUCUCUAGCAUUCAGUCAAAAAUGAGAUGGUCCAUGAUUCUGGGUUCUCCGUGUUCUGCAAAACAACAUUAAGUGGAAAACAAACAGAAGCAGAGGCACAUUUCCUUCUUUUGCCACAGAAACAAUGCCACUGUUGAGUGCAAGUCACGCUUUGUCUUGUAGAUAAGAGGUGGCCCCAAAGAAGCUGGGAUGAAUGAGAGUCACUCCCUCUCUUGUGGCUGUACCGCACUUCAUGUUCUUACCUUCAGCUUCUCCAGGUCUUGCCCAGUGAGCCAAGAACUUUCUUUCACAUGCUGCCUUUAUUUCAGCCUGGCCUUCAAGACCUUCCGUGAUUUAUCACCAACCUACCUUUUCAGCUUUAUUUCCUAGCACACCUCAUUGAUCAGCCGCUCAGGCUGUUGCAUGAAAAACACAGACUUUGCACACAGAUCCUGGGUUGAGUUCUGAGUCAGCUGUGUAUUAGCUGUGUAACCUUGGCCAUGGUAUGCCCUUGCUGGGCCUACAUUUUCUCACAUAACAGCAUCUAUGUCAUAGAAUUCCUGUGAAAAUUAAAUUGGCCAAGGAUGUCAGGGCCUCUCAGAUCUUUUCCUUUGUUGCCCUAAUGACCACAAGAGCACACACACACUGAAGGCCUUCUGGGGGCAGUCGCAAUUUCAAUGAAGUUGUACUUUUUUAUCUUAAAUGAAAUUUAUGCGUGUU